AUGUCGGCUCAGGACUACUACGGCGGCGGCGGCAACCAGCAGCAGGGCUACAGCUCUGGCCAGUCUUACGGCGGUCCCCAGCAGCCGCAGUACGGCGGCCAGCAGCAAUACGGCGGCCAGCAGCAAUACGGCGGCCAGCAGCAGCAGUACGGUGGCCAGCCGCAAUAUGGUGGCCAGGAGCAGUACAACGGCCCGCCCCAGCAGCAGUACGCCAACGCCUCGCAGCAGGACAACCGCGGCUCGUCGCCCUACCAGGGCGGUGGCGGCCAGCCCCAGUACAGCUCCCAGGGCCCCAUCCCGGCCGCGGGCCCCGGUGGCGGCAACGGCGAGACGGACGAGCGCGGCCUGGGUGCCACGCUGGUCGGCGGUGCUGGUGCCGGCUGGGCCGCGCACCACGCCGGCGGCGGUGCCCUGGGCACGAUUGCCGGUGCCGUGGCAGGCGCCAUCGGUGCGAAUGUCAUCGAGCACUUUGUUGAGAAGAAGAAGGACGAGCACCACCAACAUCAGCAGCAGCAGCAGUACCAGCAGGGCGGCUAUUACGGUGGCCCGCAGGGUGGUCACCACGGCGGCGGUCACCACGGCGGCAACCACAACGGUGGUGGUCGCUGGUAA